AUGAUAAAAUUUUGCAAGUCUGAUAGUCUAUUAAUUGACUACAAUGAGCUAAAGUAUAUAUGCUUUUUUUACACAUUUUUGUUGAUAUAUUUUUUGGUUUGGUAUAUUUGGAAGAAACAUUAUCAACAGGAAAUAAAUAAAAAACAUCGAUGGAAAUAUAAUGAAGGAAUAUGCAAAAAUGAAAACACAGAAUUUUUUAAUUUUAUAUAUGAAUCUGAAUCAUGUGAUGAAGUUAUAGUAAGACAAGAAGGAUAUAAAAAUAGUGUCAUUGGUUUUUUGCUAAAAAAUAUUUCUAUCUUUUUGUAUGUUUUAACACAUAUAAUUAUUAUAAUAUUAAUAGGUAAUGAAUAUUGUAUAUAUGAAAAUCAUGAAAUAUUAUGGAAUGAUAGAGCCUUAAUUUUUUUUAUUUUUUUCCUGCUAAGUUUUAUAAUUACAUAUAGUAUACUAAUAGUCAGAAGACACAUGCACAGUUUCUUUUUGAAACCAGCUCUUCUUAAAGACAGUGAUUACGUAUUAGUCUAUACAAAAAAUGAAGAAUAUAUAAAUGUAUAUAGAGAUAUAUAUAAACAAUUUUUUAAUUUAGCUAAUUUGUUUUUUAAAAAUUGCAUUACAGUAUUGAGUAAGCACUUUUACGUAUUCUUAAACGUAUACCAUUCAUAUUUAAAUAUGAUCAAAAAUUUUAUUAACUCAAAAGAUAACACAGAUAUGAAUCAUUUGAGGAACAAAAAGUAUGAUAACAAUAUGAGUGCAGAAGAUACCACAGUCAAAAAGCACAUGAAAACAAAAAAAAUAAAAAAAAAAAUAGAAAGGGGGGAUAACAACGAUAAUAAUCACUAUCAACCACAACAUCGAUAUGUAAAACGACAACAACAUAGUACUGAAGUGAGAAGAAUACCUAAGGAAAAAAUGCUAAAAGUGUACAAAAUACGAGUUCGAACAAAUGAAGAGAAUAUAAGGUACUUCUUCUUUAGAAGCAUGAAAUAUGUAUACAAUGAAGAGAAGGACGCCUUUUACAAUAUAUCCUGUAGAAUAAAGGAAAAAGUGAAUAGUUUAGAUUUUAAUUAUAUAUUAAAAAAAGGUGGACUAAACAAUAAUGAAAUUAUUAACAACAUAAACGAAUAUGGGUAUAACAACAUCCACCUAGAAAUUUUCUCUUUUUUUACAAACAUGAGAAGAGAAUUGUUAGAUGGUAUAUACAUGUUUCAGUUAUAUAUAACAUAUAAAAAUUUUUUUUGGAAAGAAAUAAUUACUUCCAUUAUAUGGAUAGUCAUAUCUCUGCUAACCGUUGUAAGAAAAAUUUUAAAAAAUCAGAAAAAUAAAAAAGAAAUUUUUGAUAAUAUUCAAGCUAACAAUAAUACUGUAGUGACUGUGUAUAGAAAUUCAGUAGUACAACAAAUUCCAUCGAACAAUUUAACUAUUGGGGAUAUAAUUAUUAUUACCCCCAAGAUGACCAUUCCAUGUGACUGCAUAUUAUUAACUGGCCAUGUCCUAGUGGACGAAAGUUUGUUAACAGGGGAAUCGAGGCCAAUGAAGAAAGCGUGCGUACCGAGUGGGGAUAGCGGUAUGAACUGGAAAAGAGGUAUGAAUGGGCCUAACUCGUUUGAUAUGAGUUAUGCGGAUCAGUCCGGUGCUUCUCACAUGUUGGGAGCCCCCCAUAAAUCCUCCUCUUUAGAGAAUAAUCACAACAAGUACGCCAAAAGAGUAAAAAGGAGUUUCGAAGCAAGCCCAAGGAGUAACAAAAUGGGAGUCAAGAAUGAUAUUAGCAGAAUGGGAAGUAGCAGCAGCGGAAGCAGAAGAAGGAGAAGAAGUGGAAGUUGCAGUAAUGGUAGUUGCAGCGGAAAUUCUCGGGGUCUCCAUAAACCAAGUGGGCAUCGAUAUAGAGCAAAUAACCUUCUGUACGCUGGGACUGAAGUCAUAUCAACUUUAAAUUUUUCAGAUAAUAUAUACGCAAUAGUAAUUAAUGUGAGUAUAUACACAUAUAAAGGGAAGUACAUGCAGAAUGUAUUAUUUCCUAACCCAUUACUGUUCAAAUACGAUUCUCAGCUUCCAAUAGUUUUUGUCUUUACUAUAUUAUUUAGUUUGAUAUGUCUAUAUUUUCAAAUACGUUAUUUAGGCCUUAACAUGACAUCCAUAUUCUAUACACUAGGAACGUUAUCACAAAUUUUACCUGUUUGGACACCAGUAGUUUUAAAUAUAGGAUUAAAUAUAUCUACUAAUAGAUUAAAAAAAGAAAAAAACAUUUGUUGUAUAGCUCCAUCUAGAAUACCUAUAUGCGGUAAAAUUCGAAUUUUUUUUUUUGAUAAGACUGGAACAUUAACAGAUCAUAACAUAGAAUUCUCAGGUGUGCACUUUUGUAAUAAUAUUUUGACUGAAAAGAAAAUAAACUUAACAGAAAAAGGUCCUUUCAACAGGGGCAUGAUUGAUGAUGUGUAUGAUAUGAAAUGUGAAAGACCCUCUUCUUUCAUCGCUCCUAGUUCUAAAUCUGUUACUCAGGGUUACCAGAGAACUGGGUUCGCAAAAAUCGGGGGCUGCAAAAAAAGAGAAGCAUACAAGAGCGAAGUAGACGAGAUAGAAGUAGACGAGAUAGAAGUAGACAAGAGCGAAGUAGACAAGAGAGAAGUCUACAACAAAAGCGAAGUAGACGAGAUAGAAGUAGACAAGAGCGAACCUAACAACGACAACAGCGGAAGUAACCACAUCAUCGACCCCUAUCCAGACCGCUCCCACAAUCGAAGCCACAGUCGCAGCAACUCAAGGCGCUCCUUCUACUCUAGUAAUGACAACGCAAGGGGUGCAGAAAACGUGGAUGGGGAAAAAACUGAACAAGUCAGAAUUUCGUACAAAGAGAAACAUAUGACACAUAUGGUUAAUGGGGAUAAAACGAAGGGGAAAGAUGAGAAACUUGCCCCGAAUGAUGUUCUGCAUAACGAAAAAAAGGAAACGAAUGAGGAUGAGGAGGAGGAGAAGGAGAAGGAGGAGGAGGAGAAGGAGAAGGAGGAGAAGGAGAAGGAGGAGAAGGAGAAGGAGGAGGAGGAGAAGGAGAAGGAGGAGAAGGAGGAGAAGAGGGAUAAAUCUCCCAGUUUUAAUAUGCGCGAGAAAAAUAGCCGAACAUCCAGUGAAGACAUAUUUCAGAGUUAUGAUGAAAUGGAAGAGCAGAAAUCUUACGAGGGAAAGACAUACCAAUAUACAUUACAGGAUAAAAAAAAUAAUGUAAAUAGUGAAGAGCUCAAAAAAAGAAUAGAACAGAAUAAUCUAAUAGAUGAUAUAGCACAUGUUAGAAAUGUAAAUAUGGAUGGAAGGCUAUAUGGAGGGGAACACGACAAGUCAAGUACUGAUAACACAUGCUUAGACCACAAAAAGGAUAUAAAGGACGAACAAGACGUUUUAAUUAAUAUUGUCCCGGAUCUUAUCGACGGGGUGCAUUGCGCAAAACAAAGGAAAGAGAAGAAGUUGAACAGUGAGAAAAGUUGUAAUGAAAAAGGGGAAGAUGCCAAGCAGAGUAGCAUGGACAAAAGCGUAGAUAAGAAGCGGAGUAGCAAGGACGAACGCGAAUAUAACGAAUAUGCCCCCAUAAGAAGUAGCCUCUUUAACAAUUCGAAUUCGUCGAUGAACUCAGUAACGUCUCUUCUGUAUAAUAGUAAGUUGAUGUGGACAAACAAGGUUACUCUUAAAAAUACUCCCUCAAAUUAUCAUCUACUAAUUUAUGCACUAGCUGGCAGUUCGUGUGUAUACUAUGACAAUAACAAUAUUUAUGGAAACGAAAUUGACAAGAAGUUGUUUGAAGCAACAGAGAUGAUGAUUACGAAUUACACAAAUAAACAUAAUAUGGAUAUAAAAAGAGUGUCAUUAAGGAUAAAUAACACAUACAAAUAUUUCGAUAUUUUAAAAAUGUUUGAGUUCGAUUAUUAUACAAAAACUUCUACAACAUUAGCUUAUGGUAAUUUUGAUUUUAAGGAAAAAUUUUUUACUGUUUUUUCAAAAGGUUCAUUUGAUAAAAUUUAUCAGAAAUGUGUUAAAAAUGAGGAAUUAUACUUUUUCAAAAAAAAAGAACAAGAAUAUAGUAAAAAUGGUUUUUAUGUUAUUGCUUUAGCUUUUAAAAUUAUUUAUAAUCCAUCCUAUGAACAAGUUUUACUUCUCUCUAGAGAAGAAUUAGAAAAGAAUAUGAAUUUCUUGUCAUUAAUUAUGUUCAGUAAUCAUAUAAAGAAAGAUGCAGAGAGUGUAAUUCAGACUUUAAAGAGUUCUUCCAUUAGACCGGUUAUCUUAACUGGAGAUAACGCAUAUAACUGUUUAUACGUUGGUAAUAGAAUAGGCUUAUUUAAUAAUAUAAAUUUUUAUGAAUCCUUUUUUACGUUAAGUAUUGAUUCGAGUACAGCAUCGGAUUUUGCAAAAAAUAUAGGGGAAAAAGAAAUUGAUAAUGAAAAGGAACAUCUAUACCUCCCAAGUGAAAAUGCAUACCGUUCAAAUGAAACCAAAUUUUUGUCGUUUGAAAAUUUCCUCAAAUCAAACAAGGGAAAGGAAGGAAGUCAUCACUACUCAUCUAACUUUAUGCAUAACCAGAAUGAACAAAAAAGUCAAAAAAAAAAUGAGAAAAAAAAAAAAAUUGAAAAAGAAGAGGAUCCUAAUAAAAACAAUGCUCAUAAGUACUCUGCAUUGAACAAGAAAUAUGAAGGCAACAAGGAUCAAGAGAGUGACGAUGAAAAUAUGAUGUUACUGUCCCGUUCCCCGAACGAGGGGGAAAGAAGCAAUGCGAAUGCAGGAGAACGUGGUAGGGAGAGUUGUCCAUAUGGUAACACCUCCAACAACAGGAAUCAUAACACAUAUGUGAACAACAAAAAGGGGAGGGGGAAUAAUGAAUAUUCAUAUAUGAAUCCCGUAGAUCAAAAACAUUUGGAGGAAAAUAAUAUAUUAUCUACUCAAGGGAGUGAAGAGGAUCGAGUAGAAGAAAAUAUAAUAGUUUAUGGAUAUGUGUUAAACAACGAGUUAAGAUUUGUAAAUAUCCAAAAUGAUAAUAAAAUUGAUACGAAUCUUGUACUGUAUAAAGAUAUAUAUAAGGAAAUAAUACUAACCGGUGAAGCGUACAAACAUGUAAGAUCUCAUAUAUUUCAUAUAAGAAGUUUAGAAGAGGAGGAAGAAGAGGAACAACAGCACAAACAGAAGCAGCAGCCGCAGUCACAGCACCAAUUUUGCGUUAGCAAAAAUCCAGAAGGAUACAAAAAUUUUUUGUUAAGAAUUCGCAUAUUUUCAAGACUAACCCCGAAUAAUAAGAUGGAAAUUAUUAGAGACUUCAUAAAAUUUGAUUACAUAUGUGGUAUGUGCGGAGAUGGAAGUAAUGAUUGUGGUGCUUUAAAAAUUUCUCAUGCAGGUUUAGCUUUAUCAAAUUCCGAUUCAUCUAUUGUUUCACCUUUUAGUAGUAAAAAUGAAAAUUUAAAAAGUGUUAUUGAUAUAUUAAGAGAAGGAAGAGCUUGUUUAGUUACCUCUAUAAAUUGCUAUAAAUAUAUGCUUCUCUACGGUUUUAUGAUUUCAAUAAUAAAAAUUGUUUUAUUUAUGAAUGCUCAUGCUGUCAUGUCAGAAUAUGGGUAUUUAUUUUUUGAUAAUAUAAUUUUAUUAUUACUAGCCAAAUCAAUGACAUUAUCAAAACCAGCUUGUAAAUUAAAAACACAAACACCAACAUCCAGUAUUGUUGGUGCACAGACUAUUCUUUCUUUAUUAUGCACACUUAUUGUCAAUUUUUUUUUCUUUUAUUUAAUAAUUUUUCAAUUUUUUUAUAUAUAUGAUUUACCAUCUUCAUAUGACAUGAACACGUCAGCACCAAAAUCGUCAUGGUGGCUUAUGAGUGAUAAUUAUGAGAGUUUUCUCUCAUGUAUUUGGUUUUGUUUUCAAAUUGUAAAUAGUGCCCUUAUACUCACAUUUGGAGGAAAAUACAGGAAGCACAUUUUUACCAAUUAUACCUUUAUGACGUAUUAUUGCCUAAUAAACGUCUUUUUACUAUACUUGACAGUCGGAGGCCCCAACAAGCUAACUUGUCUGUUUCGCAUGAAUUGCAAUGACGAAGUUUCAAAAAGAACAAAAAUCAAAAUUUUGGAUGCAAUUUCCUAUUCAGCAAGUGGCUUAAGUUUUUAUGGACCAAAUGGAAAUAAUAUACUCAGCACUGGGCAUAAAAUAAAAUUUAUUUUUUUGAACAUUUUAAAUAUUGCUAUUAACAUUUUAAUAUCAAAAUAUGUUUUAUGUGAACGGCUUUAUAACAGGGUCAGAAAGUUUUUUAACUUUCAAAAUAGGAAGGUUCCUACUUAG